AUGGCAGCCGACGACUUGACUAUUGAGACCUUCACCGAAUAUGGAAUUGGCAUGGUUUUCUUGAUCGUGCGGCUGUUUGCCCGCCUGCACUUGGGAGGUUUGCGCGGACUGCGGCUGGAUGAUGCCUUCGCUGUGGCGGCCAUGAUCUUUUGGACCAUGCAGACAGCCAUCAUCUACCUUCUACAGAUGUACGGCAACAAUAUCGGUCUCACCACCCAGACGGCCAUGCUGGUUCCGGCCAGCAAGAUGCCUGCCAUGAUCCUGGGCUCAAAAUUGGCCUUCAUGAACUGGAUCUGGUACAUGUGUUAUAUCUGGUGUCUGAAGGGUGUGUUGCUCUGUCUAUACUACAAGCUCACGCAAGGAACGUGGCACCGGAAUCUCGUCUGGGGAGCAACGGCAUUCUGUCUACUGACUUGGCUGCUGUGUCUGUUGACACACAUUUGCAUUUGCACGCCCGUCCACAGGAACUGGCAGAUUAAACCCUAUCCAGGAGACAAUUGUACUCUACGAGGGCCGCUAUAUAUCGUGAUUGCAGUAUUCAACGUGCUAUCAGACCUUGUCAUCCUGAUCAUCCCAAUCCCCAUCCUCGCAAAACUGCAAGUCCCACUCCAACGCAAGAUCAUCCUCGUAGUGAUGUUCUCAUCAGGAGUCUUCAUCAUGAUCUGCACAAUCCUGCGCGCCUACUACUCGCUGGGCGACAUCACCAACCUCCCAAUCGCACUGGGCUGGGCAAACCGCGAAUGCUUCGUCGCAGCAAUCGUCGUCUCACUACCAGGAAUCAAACCCCUAUUCCGCAACACGCGCUGGCUGGGCUCGUCAAACCGCAAGAACAGCAAGAGCCCCUACAACAGCUCGGGCUACAACAACUUCGGGUCCAAGGUGUCCGGCAAGACCAAGACGUUUAUCUCGUCGCGUCGCCGCAGUGCCAGCAAUGGCCGCCAUUUUGAGUUGGAUAGUGUCCUUCCGCGCACGGAGAAGGGCAGUCGCAUCUCGACGGGCGAUAGCGAGGAGUAUAUUCUUGAGAGUGCUAAGGGGGGUAGUUCCUCUGCCUCUGCGGCUCCCAGACUCCAUUGUGAGAGUGAGCACCGGGAUCCACUUGCUAUUCAAGUUACCACGGAGUAUGCCUUGCAGACGGAGUAUGGGGCACCUGGUCGUCCUCGGCCAUCUCCGGGUGUUUAG